AAAAGGCAUAACACUGGAGAGGGGAAAAAAUGGAGGAAUCAAAACUGGAGGUCACACACUCAGACUUGCAACAAGUGAGGCUAAAUUGUGGAAAUCGUGCGCCAAGGAAAGGAAUCGUGCGUAACUUUUGGAAAGCGCAGUUGAAGUUUGUUUUUUUAAGUGCCUCCAAAUGAAUGCAUCAUAUUUAAUUCCAAAUGCGUAAAAGAUGCAUCCUAAUUUAAAGGCCAAUAACCGAUUAGUGUUACGAUCCUAAUGCGCAUGCAGGAGCUAUUUAGGAUUUCCAGUGGCAAGCAAAAGCAGCAAAAAGUGAUGUGUUCUGAGACCUCGCUGCAAUAUUAUGCUUUUUCUUUUUUUUGUUUGGGAUCUCACACAACUCCCCUGUUCACUUGUCUUUAAGAGUGAGUGAGUGCACGCACAACUUGGAACAGAAAUAGCACUUCAAAGUUUUGCAUUACGCUGGUGCUGUGAUGCCUCUGAAGUCUACAGCUGCGAGCCUCAUGAACCCCAUGGGUAAAGGCUAUUUAAUAAACAUCUUUUUGGAUCCGUCAUCUCUCCAAAUAUUGACUCAAUUUCUAACAUGCUGGAUAUGACGCUGUCAGCAAAGAUUUUGACAAGUCAAUCCAUAGAACAAAACUGAGUGGAAUGUUGGUUUAAAAUCCACAUGCAAAAGUGCUCUCCUAAUGAAGAGUCGCCUGUUAUUUUACACCAAACUCUGACAAGCGUUUUGUUUUUAAUAACUCACACAUUUUGUCACCUAAAAGCAGAAGUUCAUAUUAAUUUAUCAACGAAAAUUGUAAUAAAUUUUUUAAAAAAAGUUCGAGAAGGUUAAAAUACUGACGAGCCACUGUGAUAUUAAAUUUGGAUUGUGGUUUUGCGCCCUUGACAGAUUACUUCUGAUCACUGUCACACAGGCUCACACUUUAAAAAAGCACUUGACAUCUAAUUGAUCAGUACUAUAUGUGGCUGUGACCUCCUUUAAGGUCACUUCACGCAGUAAUUUGCUCUUUUGUCUGCAGCUACAAAUAUAAAAGUCAGUCCAAACAUUAAAAAAAAACCUAAAGGUUAAAGAAGUGAAGAAAAAAUAAAGUAUCCGCACAGUUGCAAUACAAGCAACGCACUAUUCAAAAAGUCAAAACUAAGUACAAGAAUUACAAAACAAGAAAAAUACCCCAGAUUACAUAGUUGAGAUAUUUUUGAGAAUUAUUAGAAUUUCGACCAUGCAGAGUUGUUCCACAGAACACCGUGCUGAACAGUAAAAGCCCGUGCGCAGUAACAUCCACGCAUGAAUCAACAUUUUACACACACUAGACAUUUUUAAACGGUCCACUUCAUCGGCUGACGGUUUAAAAAGACAAACUCAGGUGAAAUAAAACAUUAGUAAGUAGCUGAUGCUAUAUAAAACGGUACGGCGCCGUUUUAUGGUCCACGAUAAUUAAAAUCUAUCUUUUAAACAGUAGCAAAAAGCAGAAUAUAGCCACUAAGUUAGAGUUUUAUCCUCUACUAUAAGAUUGGAGUAACUCAUACUUACAGCAUACACACGUUUAUUUUGAACUUAAGUCAGCAACGACACCACCUCCUGUGACCCUCAUCUGCUCCCGUCCAGGGUCUAAAGCAAAAUUACCCCGGAUCAUAACAACAGGUCCCGUCCAUUACAUUUUUUUUUCCUCGGGACAAUGGCCGCAGCUCGCCCUGCUCACACACUCUACACACACGGAUCCCACCAGGCAGAGCACGGAGUCAACGCUGUAGUUAUGCGCUGAAGGGCAAACGGCUGGAUUUGUAAAUAUUGGACAUUUAUCAAAGCGUAUAUUGAUGGUAUGUGCUCCGGACCGUUUUGAACUCGCACAUGGAGUUUCCCUUUGCUCAAGUUUUUCUCCGCCGAUACGGAUAUUUUACAUGCGUAAAGUUCUGCGUAAUUCGUGCGUAAAGUGCUGCUUCGUACGUUUCGGUGCAAAAUGAAGAUGUCACUGCAUUAUUUAUGAUCCUUACAACUUUUAUAGUGACAAUAUGUAUACUCUGGCGAGGCAGUCUGUUUUGUAAUCGCGUAAUCAGAGUGGGGAAAUUGCUAUUUCAUAGCCGCGCAGCCUUUGUUCGCUGCGACAAAAGAAAAGCGACUGUAUAUCUGGAUCAACUUUUUCGGACUUUUAUUGUACAACAACCUUUGCAUAACAACUAUUUUUCUCAAGCGUUGCCUGAGGCACUGCGCAUGCGUGCUGGCUGCUUGCUGUCACUAAGACAUUUUUCUUCACGUUGGAAACUGUCACUGGUGACGUCAAUCACAGAGCUCUGACCAAUUAGAGCGCAGGGUGAUUGUUUAGCUCCACGGGCUGCAGCGCCUACCAUGAAUCUCUAUUCAGUAUCAAAGCGUCCUGCUGCUGCCUCUCAACCGAAUGGGAUUCCAUGUAGUCUGCAGAUAGACUUAACUUUAUAAAGUUUUUUUUCUUUAUUUUUCAUUGCGAUUAAAAUAUAUUUGUCAUCAUCAUUAUUAUUUUGCCUGCUGUCAAGUUAUUCUAAAAUUAGGAAGUAAUGAGCGUGGAUGCAUUGGGAAGCCCCGUGAUGGACCCUACGUUUUCCAAACGGAACACGGCGCUGAGAUUAGUUGACUUGGCAGGGGCUCACCACCAUCACCAUCAUCACCACCAUACCCCUCAGAGCGUGACAGGCUUCCCGGGGUUCAGCAGCCAUCCACACUCAAUGGCUCACUCGCACCCUGGGGAGAUUACUGCGGAACCCCGCCUGGGGCCGAGUCCAUUCGGGCCAGAACACAUGGGGCACUCCGCGGCCCUCAAAAUCAGCCCAGCCCAUCAUUAUCCCCACCACCAUCACCACCACCACAAUCAUCAUAUGGCAGGCCACAGUGAAGUGGUCUCCAGUCAAACGGGAGCUUUUGGCCCGGUUCAGGCGACAUCGGUCCCGUAUUCUAUGUCUCACACGGCCCAGGCUUUAUCCGCAGGUAGGGAUUUCCUCAUCCGGAGAGAUCUGACAGCUCAAGCCAUGCCCGUACUGACUGACCAGACUGCUGGUUCAGCCUCUCACCACGGAAUGUUUGUCUCAACAACAGGUAGCUAUCCCGGACACUAUGGUCAUCACCCUGACGCUGGGAACCAUACCCUCUUCUCCGGACUCCAUCACGAGCAGCCUUCUAGCGGAUCACCGGGUGGCCAAGCACUGAAUGGACAAAUAAGGUUAGGACUACCUGGAGAAAUGUACGUUAGGUCUGAUCACUUGAGUCAAGUGGCAAGCUCCAGGGCUGAUCCGUUCUCCGCCUCGCCUUUGCAUGGCUACGGUGGUCUGAAUCUGAACAUGAAUCUGAGCGCUCACCACCACCACCACCACCACGGAGCCGGCGCUUUUUUCCGCUACAUGAGGCAGCCGAUAAAGCAAGAGCUGAUCUGCAAGUGGCUGGAGCCGGAGCACUCGCCGAAGAAACUUUGCUCGAAAACUUACAGCACCAUGCACGAACUCGUAACGCAUGUGACGGUGGAGCACGUUGGAGGACCCGAGCAAGCGAACCACAUAUGUUUUUGGGAAGAGUGUCCGAGGGAAGGCAAGCCAUUUAAAGCAAAGUACAAACUUGUAAAUCACAUUCGAGUGCACACCGGGGAGAAACCGUUUCCAUGCCCGUUCCCUGGCUGUGGGAAAGUGUUCGCAAGAUCCGAGAAUCUAAAGAUUCACAAAAGGACGCACACAGGUGAGAAGCCCUUCAAAUGUGAGUUUGACGGCUGCGACAGACGCUUCGCCAACAGCAGCGACCGAAAGAAGCACUCCCACGUCCACACCAGCGACAAGCCCUACAACUGCAAAGUGAGAGGCUGCGAUAAGUCCUACACGCACCCCAGCUCCCUGAGGAAGCACAUGAAGGUGCACUGCAAGUCCCCUCCGCCCAGUUCGGGCUACGAGUCGUCCACCCCUUCCCUGGUCUCCCCCUCCUCAGACUUGGGCCGAGAGCCAGGAGGCUCCUCGGUGAUGUCGGAGCCGGUGGGAGCCUCCCAGCCGGCGAAUUUAAGUGAAUGGUACGUGUGCCACAGUUCAGGUGCCAGCGGCGCCCAGACACCACCCAGCGGGCACUCCACGCCCGACCCCACAGACGAGCCACCGUACAGAAACCCAGAACCGAGGGACGCGUUUUAGCCCGGCCAGCAGCGACAGAACACAUUUCCAAAAGCUCAACUAUUCAAAAUGGUUUGGCUUUGGUGCCUAUAUGCCUAUGAAGGCCCCCCUAUUUUUAUUAUUUUUCGUCUUUGGAUGAGCCACCAAACAGACACCCAGAGCCAAGAGACGCAUUUCACCACAUUGGAAGGAAAACGUGCAAAAAAAAAAAAACAAAAAACCUAAACUUAAAGACGUGCGAAUUUCCAGGCACAAUAAAAGAAUAUAUUUUCAAACCUCAGUUAUUCCAAAAUGUUUGGCUCAGUGCCUACACGCCCUGACGGCCCACUGGUCCACUUGUGGAGAGAGUCGUGUAAAUCUGUGUGGUACAUUAUCGUAGGCUAGGCAUGUUGGUGUAAAAUGAUUUUUAUUUUUUGUAAAUUCGAGUUCCGACUUCAAUAUGUUUUUAUUUAUUUUUCAAUCUGAUAUGGAAGGAUUUUUUGUAUUAUGGAACCAAAGUGCAUGUUUCAAUUAGAACAAAAAAAGUGUACAUUUGUAAAUUUUGUAAGUUUCGAUGUGUUGAUGUUGAUAGUUUUUGUAAGGAUCUGUCUCGGAGCAGUUUCUUACCGAAUACUGCAGUUCUUUGUUUUUACGUUUACAUCCUCCUCCUCUUCUUCUUCUUCUUCCCCCCCAUUUGUGCAGAGGGUCAGCUGUUUCAUAAGCCUGCAGUAUUUGAUAUACGACCGUGAAAUUCUAAAUGUUUUAUCAAAGUGGGCAUUUUGUGAUUUUUUUUUUUUUUUUUGUAUGACUGUCGUCAAUAUUUUUUUCUUUUGAAUAUCUGAAAUCGAGCGCCACUCAAACUGCGUACCGAAUUGCCUUGUAAUUUGUGAGUAUUUUGAAUAAAUCUUGUAUGACAAAAGUGAAAA